CCUGCGCAAGGCCGAAUUUCUCAGCUUUUUUUUUUUUUCUCCUCCUCCCCGCCCCCUACCGUGUCCCCGGAAGCGCUAGAUUCCUUCCCUUACCGGGACUGACCCGGAGGAGUCGCGGCGCUCUAGAAGCCACCAUCACCACCAUGGUUCCAGCUGUCCACGCCGCUCGAAAGGCUACGUGGUGAGACCGGACCGAGUUACCGGCCUCACAGUCCGUAGCCGGGCCCCGCCCCAGACCUCCCCUCUUCCCCUUCCCAUGGCUUGGACACACGUGGAGACUGCUCGGGGAAGGAGGCAACGGCGGUGCUGAAACUGGAGGCCAGAGGCCCGGAGCCCUGGCCAUGGCUGGCCAGUUCCGUAGCUAUGUGUGGGACCCCAUCCUGAUUAUCUCCCAGAUCGUCCUCAUGCAGAAUGUCUACUAUGGCUCCCUCGGUCUGUGGUUGGCCUUGGUGGACAGCCUGGUGCAGAGCAGCCCCUCUCUGGACCAGAUAUUCAGCCCGGAGAUCCUGGGCUUCUCUACUCCUCCUGGCCGUCUUUCCAUGAUGGCUUUUGUUCUUAAUGCUCUUACCUGUGCCCUUGGUUUGUUAUACUUCAUCCGUCGAGGAAAACAGUGUUUGGACUUCACUGUCACAGUCCAUUUCUUCCACCUCUUGGGAUGCUGGAUCUACAGUUCCCAUUUCCCCUCAUCGAUGACCUGGUGGCUGGUGCAUGCUGUGUGUAUUGCCUUGAUGGCUGUGAUUGGGGAGUACCUCUGUAUGAGGACGGAGCUUAAGGAGAUCCCCCUGAACUCUACACCCAAAUCUAAUGUCUAGGAGAUUGGCUUCUGGGGCCCUUCAUACCCUCCAGGUCUUUUUGCUUGAACUGAGGGACUUGGCCAGUGUGAAGUUGACUUUGGUGGGAAAGAAGCAGGCUCCACCAGUCAGCUGGGAGUGGAUGAUUAGCAUAAGCUGAGGCAGUGGUGUCUGCAGGGAAGAAAUGCAUCAGGAAGAGGACCUUUCCCAUGGCCAAGGGCAGAAUGAAAGGAGGAAGCAAAAAUUGGAGACAUCUCACUUUUUCCACUAUUUUUUAAAGAAAAAAAUCAAGAAAUUCUGAUUGGAGCAAAUCACCUUCCUGGUUAUCCACCCUGCCUACUUGGGAUAGCUAUAACUUCUCUAAUUUUGUUGGACCAAAGAAGUUUAGUUUGGGGAAAUACCUAUUUCUGUGAAUUGGGGAGGUUAUAAAUGGGGUAACAAGGUUGAUAGAGGCACUGAAUGCUAGUGAUACCCAAAGCCUUCUACCCUGAAACACAUAUUUUCAUUGGCUCCCCUUUGUCUAUCCUAUGGUGGCCCUAGGGAUCAUAAAUUGACAGUUAUUCCCUCCUUCUUACAAAGUUUCUCAGUUGUGGGACAAGCCUAAUGUUCCAGCCAUCCAGGGUUUAUUCCUUACCAGCCAGGGGUGAGUGACUGGGAGGAGAGAGAUGUAGGGUUUCAGUGAUGAGGUGCUCUUUUGGGGAGUGAUUUCCUGUUGGAGUAUAUGAUAGUUCCUCGACUUCCUUUGUACAUAUAUACAUUAUUUUCCAAUUCCCCCUGUGCUGACUCUGUGUCACUCUGAUAAGCUCUUAGGAAAUGUCACAAAGGUACAGGUUUCUUGUUUUCCUUCUUGGGUUCCAGGUGCAACCUUUCUAUCAUACUAGCAGAGCAGGAUGGUAGAGUAGAAACAGUCUGAGAACUAGUCAGGAAAAGGUUCUGUCCUCGUUUGGACACUCACUAGCCAUGUGAACAUUGGUCUUUCUCUUGCCCUGUUGUAAGUCACAGUUUCCUUAUUUGUAAAACAGAGAUAAAUACUGGCCCAACCUGACUCCCUGAGUUGUUGUGAUGACUGGAUUUUGUAAAACCUUAAAGUGCUAUAAGAGUUAUUAAUAAAUGUGUAGAGAACCAA